CUGCCAGACGAGCUGCUAUUGAGGCUGCUUUAUUUUUUUGACAUACCUGAUCUACUCGUUACCUCUCGGACAUCGCGCCGGUUGAGAUGGCUGUCGUUCGACCCACUGCUCCAUCGCAUCCGGUUGCGGUACUCACAAGCAAGGGUCAACUACUUAUUGGUAAGGAGGCCGCCUCUGCACAGUCUGCAGCCUCCGAACUCAACGAUAUAUCUCAAUAGAACACAUGUCGCUGCAAGGCGACUACACUGGUCCCUAGUAUGCAUACGCUUGAGUCGCUCACUGGCACGACGUCCAAAGCUAUCAACACUAAUCUCGGCCAACAUCCUGCCAAAAGAAUGUUGCAAGUACGAUCGACGCUCCGGUGAGGUUAUUUGGGGCCAAGGCGUAGCAGGUGGUCUGGUUGAACGUAGAAGGCGUGUUGAGAGAGAGCAUCUACGCGAGGGGUUGCGCGUGUGGCUCGAGCGAAAGGCUCAGGAAAUCCGGGCGCGGCAGAAGGACGCCGUUGGCGGAGUCGGCGUCUUAAUAUGGAGAUUCUCGCGCAAGAUGAAGCUUGGCGAAAGCCGGAGAGGCUGUGAAACAUGCUUGGAGGGCCCGAAGAAGGACAAAGUUUCGGGUCUAAAACGAUUCUUCGAG